CCUCUACUUUCCAGCUAAAGGUCUCCGGGGAGUAUCAAACUACCACGUCUGCAUCGGGAGAGAGAGGGGAAGAGGAGAAGGGAUCAAAAUUAACCGACUGUAGGGUAGAGGACAGCGAGGAGUCGGGACUGCUUCAUGAAAUCGAGGUCGGAUGCAACAUCUGGAGCAAAGCGCACAACUGAAUUUGGACAUAAAAUACGCAAAGCCUGCAGCCCCCGAGCCCCCGACAGACUUCAUGCUUCCAGUGACGCUUCAUAGUUUUGGUUAAGAUUCACCAGAAUGCACAUUGGACAAAUCCUUCUCGUGGUUUAAGUAACUCAAGUAAUAAGUUGCAGAGGGCGCAUAUCAUCUGGAAGUCGAUCUCGGUCGCGCCGUUUUCGUUUAUUGGAUUCCUCUUUUCACAGACAAUGUUUUGACACAUAGCAAAGUAAAGAUCGCGCAAACUGUUACAGGAAGAUCUGUCUAUUUGGUAUUGUUUUUGGGGGGGCGGGGGGGGGGAGUCAAGUGAUGGCACCAGAGCUCAAAUCGCUUGUCCGACUGCUGCUGCUGGCGGUGGUGUGGGAGAUGAGCGCGCACGGAGCGACGGAGCGACACAUCAAUCCAGAGUCGUGGCUGCAGCAGUACGGCUACCUGCCCCCGGGGGACUUGAGGACCCACGCCCUGCGCUCCCCUCACUCCGUCUCCUCGGCCAUCGGCUCCAUGCAGAAGUUCUACGGCCUCACCGUCACCGGCACCUUCGACACCAACACCAUCGAGGCCAUGCAGCGGCCGCGCUGCGGCGUGCCGGAUAAAUUUGGGGCCGAGCUGAAGAGCAACCUGAGGAGGAAAAGAUACGCCAUCAACGGCCUGAAGUGGCACAAGAAUGAAAUCACUUUCUCCAUACAGAACUACACCCCUAAGGUGGGCGAGUACGAGAGCAACGAGGCCAUCAGGAAUGCCUUCCAGGUGUGGGAGGCCAUCACCCCGCUUCGUUUCCGGGAGAUCCCCUACAGCUACAUCCGGGACAAGGUGGAGGAGUUCGCCGACAUUAUGCUCUUCUUCGCCGAUGGUUUCCACGGGGACAGCAGCCCGUUCGAUGGAGAGGGCGGCUUCCUGGCUCACGCCUACUUCCCCAGCCACGGCAUCGGGGGGGACACCCACUUUGACGCGGCCGAGCCGUGGACCGUGGGGAGCAAGAACCUGUACGGUAACGACUUGUUCCUGGUUGCGGUCCAUGAACUGGGCCACGCUCUGGGUCUGGAGCACUCCAAUGACCCUUCAGCCAUCAUGGCUCCCUUCUACCAGUGGAUGGACACCGACAACUUCCAACUUCCUGACGACGAUCGCAGAGGCAUACAGAAACUUUACGGUUCUGAAUCAGGAACCCCAGAUGUUUCACCCAGCAGGCCGGACCACCACCCAGACCCCACGUACCCACCAGACAAGCCUCACUACGGGCCCAACAUCUGCGACGGACACUUCGACACCAUCGCCAUCCUCAGGGGAGAAAUGUUUGUGUUCAAGGAUAAAUGGUUCUGGAGGGUCCGUAACAAGCAGGUUCUGGAUGGAUAUCCCAUGCCGAACGGACACUUUUGGAGGGGGUUGCCCACCCAUGUCAAUUCCGCCUUUGAAAGGGAAGAUGGGAAAUUUGUUUUCUUUAAGGGGGACAAGUACUGGGUCUUCACUGAAUCAGUUCUGGAUCCCAGUUUCCCGAAGAGUCUCACGGAGAUGGGCACUGGGCUUCCCAAAGACCGAAUAGACGCUGCGCUCUACUACACCCCCACUGGACAGACAUAUUACUUCAGAGCCAACAAAUAUUACCGCUUCAAUGAAGAUUCGCGAAGCGUCGACAGCGGCUAUCCGAAAGCGGUCAGUGUGUGGCAAGGAGUGCCCGACAACAUCAAGGCCGCCUUCAUGAGCAAGGACCAAGUGUACACCUACUUCUACAAAGCCAACAAGUACUGGAAGUUCAACAACCAGAUGAUGCGCGUGGAGCCAGGAUACCCCAAAUCUGCACUUCGGGACUGGAUGGGCUGCCCCAACGAAGACCCCAAGACGGGCGGAGGAGGAGGAGGAAGAGGAGGAGGACACGACAAGGACAAAGAGAGGGAGAAGGACAAGGAGCGGGAGGAUAAGGACAGAACCAGAGACAGGGAGAGGGAAAGAGAGAGGGAGACGGACACGGGGAAGGAGGGGGAGACGGAGGUGAUCAUAAUUGAGGUGGAGGAGGAGGGAGGGCUCGGGGCCGGCGGUGGAGCGGCCGCCGUGGUGGUGCCGCUGUUCCUGUUGGUGUGUGUGAUUGCGACGCUCGCCGCGUUGGUGUUUUUCCGUCGGUACGGAACCCCUCGCCGACUCCUCUACUGCCAGCGCUCUUUACUGGACAAGGUGUAGACGGAGGAGGAGGAGAAGAGGAGGAGACAGGGAGAGAAAGAGAACACACAAUGUGGAAGGAAUUCUUCAACACAGAUAACGAGAGCAGAAGAGAUUACAAAUGAAUAAAUAGAAAUAAAGGAGGAGAAAAAAUGCCAGAGUUGCAUUUUUUUUUAUUCGUACCACUGCCAGAUUCCUUUUGCUCCGUUGCUCAACCACUCCAUCCUUCCAUUUAUUUCCUCCCCCCUUCCUUCUGCCUCUCUCUCUCUCUCCUCGUGGUUACUGACGCCAGCUCAUCGCUGUUUGUUUUAGUCUUUAUUCGUAGUUCCUGUCGUGGUCAGUGUUUGUGUUCGUGUCAUCUCCGUGACGCACGUCCUCGCGAUCGUCCGUUUCUUCUUCUUCUUCUUCUUCUUCUUCUUCUUCUUCUUCUUCUUCUUCUCUCUCCUAUACUUCCACCCUCCUCUUUCUUCUUCUUCUUCUUCGUGUCUCUCCUAUACUUCCACCCUCCUCUUUCUUCUUCUUCUUCUUCUCCUCUCUCCUAUCCUUUCAUCGUCCUUUUUCUUAUUCUCUCUCCUAUCCUUCCACCCUCCUCUUCAUCUUCCGCUUCAUCUUCUUCUUCUUUAAAUCUUUUUGAAGCUCCGAUAUAUCGUAUCAGAGUAAAGCAAUAAAUCCCCUUUAGUGCUGAUUAUUAUUAUAAAUGAUGUCGUCAUUAUUAUUAUGACUAAUACUAUUGUUGUUGUUGUCCUACGUGGAAAGAUUUUUUGUUUUGUUUUUGUACAUUGUCAUUAAAAAGUCCUGCUGGACAGUGACAUACAGUUUUUAAAGUGGCCUUAAUUUUAUAAAUGUGUGGGACGGUGAAUGGGGAAGGGGGUUUUAUGUGUUCUUGAAACUUGAUUGUUUAUUUUUUUGUUCGUUUUUUUUACCUCGAAUCAAUCACGAAUGAAAUAAAUUGAAAUUUCUGAAAAUGACUCCUUUUUUCCCCUCAUUGUACUUGUUUACAGUUUUGAAUUCAUGGCGCUACAUAUAGUCCGGGGUUAUGAGUAGUUUAACAACAACGAUAAUGAUACUAGUGAUACUGAUGCUGAUAACCAUCUAGCUUGUGUGUGUGUGUGUGUGUGGGUGUGCGUCUCUUUACUCACUUCUAUUUUUACGCUUUCCCUACAUAAUAAAGUAACUUCAAAAGGC